AUGGCGUUUGUUUAUACCAUUAUUGGCAUGGGAAGCAUGGUUGCCAUGAUGGCGGGUGCUGGUUUCUCCGUCGGUGCCGCUGUCAUGGGCGCCAUCUCCUUGACAGUAAACAGGCCCGUGAUAUUCAAUCCGAACAACAUCAUCUACAGCUUCAAGCUGGGCCUGGAUGGUGCCGGCACAAACGAAGGCUUCGACCCUCUCCGGGGCGCCGGCGGACGCGCCCCAAAAAUACUGGUUUUCGACAACCAAGGCAAGCAGUUGGGCCAAACGAAAAAGCAAAUUAAAUGUGGCGACGGAGAAGAUCACUGUGUGGAAGUGGUCAAGAAGAUCAAGAAGCAGCCCUCCUACGCGCUGCUUCUUGGUCUGGAGAAUCCCAUAUGCCUCGCUUCCGCCAGUGUCUCCUACCCUAGCGGAGACAGGUAUGCAUGGGUUGGAAACUGGGCACACACCUGCGACAAGCCAUGGUACUUUUCCGACAUUGACGCUCACCACGACAACGGCUCCGUCAAGCUUCUUUGCGCAUGGUUGGGCCAGGAUGGCUACAAGGAAAACUACUCGACGGGCAUUCGAAUCCAUUUUCCCGAGUUCGCCAAGGGUUUUGCCGGCAAUGGAAACAAUGCUAGCUACUACUGCCGGGACAACAACACCGCUCUUGCUUUCUACAACAACCAGAGCCCAAAGUUCUUCAACGGCGACAAUGUGCAGGAGCAUAAAGUCAAUGAAAAGGACAAAAAGAACCAGAAAAAGAAGAAGGGCAAGAGAUCUGCUGGUAUGAAAGCCCCGUCUGUCCGGUCUCACCAUGCUGCCCACUCGGCCAAGCUUUUGUGUGAUAGUACGAGUUCCGUGGGCCCAACCCUUGUUUCUGUCCCUGAGCGAUCCUUCUGUCACAUGCCUGACAAGGUGCUUUACCGAUUUUGCGAGGAUGUAGCCGUUGGUGCCUGCUGGGACCACGAGGCGCAUGCCUUUGCUGCCAAAGGGCCUCGCGCCAUGCUUGCUCGGGCUGAAUUGCCCGACAUGGACUUUGAGGAGCCGACUGUCUGGGGAGGGAAUUAG